AGAGCUAACGAAAGAAGGGAGUAGCAGCUGUCAAAAUGAGCAGGAAGCCUCCAAGUCGCCCUGGGAUCACGUUUGAGAUCGGUGCUCGUUUGGAAGCGCUGGAUUACCUCCAAAAAUGGUAUCCCUCACGCAUUGAGAAGAUCGACUAUGAAGAGGGGAAGAUGCUCGUCCACUUUGAACGCUGGAGCCAUCGCUACGACGAGUGGAUUUAUUGGGACAGCAAUCGGUUGCGGCCCCUCGAGAGGCCCUCGCUGAGGAAAGAGGGUCUCAAAGACGAUGAUGAAUUCGUUGAUUUUAAACCUGGGGAGGAAGUUCUAGCUCGUUGGACAGAUUGUCGAUACUAUCCUGCAAAGAUUGAAGCAAUUAACAAAGAAGGAACCUUCACUGUACAGUUUUAUGACGGAGUGAUUCGGUGUCUUAAAAGGAUGCAUGUCAAAUCUAUGCCAGAAGAUGCCAAAGGGCAGGGGCGAGAGUGGGAGCAGAUAGCGUCGGAGCUGAGAUUAGUGACGGAUAACGAGCGGCAUGAAGACUGGAUAGCUUUGGUCAAAGCCGCAGCGGUGGCAGCUGCCAAAAACAAAGCCGGAGCAAAGCCGCGGACCAGCGCGAACAGCAAUAAAGACAAAGAGGAAAGGAAAUGGUUCAAAGUACCUUCAAAGAAGGAUGAGUCGUCGACCUCUACAAUUGUCCAGGAAGUCCAGAAGAAGGAAGAGCAGCCUACAUCCAGUGAGACAUUUGGAUUUCCUCUAGUGGACGUCCCAAAGAUUGCCUUUGUGCAGGCUGAGAAUUCGUUAGCGCACAAGAGGAAAAAUAACCUUGGCAACUCAUUCCAGGCAAAGAGGGCGCGUCUCAAUAAGAUCACUGGCUUGCUGGCAUCCAAAGCUGUCGGCGCUGACGGUGCUGAAAAAAAGGAAGGCAGCAAAGAAGCAGCUCCAGUCUUGGAGCAGGAGAUAUCACCUAAGCCUCAAAGUCAGAAAAAAAAUGAAGCUGAUAUUAGCAGUUCUGCCAACAUUCAGAAAUCUGCACUGUUGCCCUCAACACUGUCUUCAGGGAAGGCUCGCAGCAAGAAAUGCAAACAAGAAUCUGGAGAUUCUGCAGGGUGUAUAAAGCCCCUUAAGUCACCAAUUUCCCCCGAGUUAAUACAAGUGGAAGAUUUGACCCUGGUCUCUCAGCUUCCUCCUUCCGUGAUAAAUAAAACUAUUGCCAAUGUUGCUCAUGUCUCGCUCGAGAAGCGCGGACUAUGCCUCCCUCUUGACUUGAGCCGUAACUUGGACGUUUCAACCUUGUUAGCCGCCGAGUCUGCUUUCUGUAAUGAACACCCCAGUAAAGAGAAAGAUGAUAACCAUAUGGUGCUAUGUCAUCCUUCCAAAGCCGGAACCGAUGGCAGAGUAGCUCCAGCCGCAUCAGGUAAAAAGAAGGAGAAGGAUAAAGAAAGAAAGGAGAGGAAGGAGAAGGAUCACAAGUCGAAACAAAAGAAGAAGAAAAAGAAAAAGAAGAAAUCAAAAUUGCACGACUAUUCUGAUUUUGAAGAUAGUUCUCUCGAGUACCUGGACAGAUGCUCCUCUCCGCUCACCAGGUCCUCUGGGAGCUCUUUAACCCUGCGAAGCACCUCGACGGAGAAGAAUACAUCCUACCAGUACCCAAGGGCUAUUCUGUCUGUUGACCUGAGUGGUGAAAACCUCUCCGACAUGGAGUUUCUGGACGACUCUUCCACCGAGAGUUUGCUGCUGAGCGGCGACGAGUACAAUCAGGACUUCGACUCGACCAAUUUUGAAGAAUCUCAGGACGAAGAGGAUACUCUCAACGAAAUUGUCCGGUGUGUCUGUGAAAUGGACGAGGAAAACGGCUUCAUGAUUCAGUGCGAAGAGUGCUUAUGUUGGCAGCACAGUGUCUGUAUGGGGUUGCUGGAAGACAGCAUUCCAGAGCAGUACAUCUGCUACGUUUGCAGGGACCCACCUGGUCAGCGAUGGAGCUCCAAGUAUCUCUACGAUAAAGACUGGCUGAACAACGGCCAGAUGUGCGGCCUUUCGUUUUUGAAAGAGAACUACUCUCACUUAAAUGCCAAAAAGAUAGUGUCAACGCACCACCUCCUGGCUGAUGUGUAUAGCGUGACGGAAAUACUGCGAGGACUGCAGCUGAAGAUCGGGAUUCUCACGAAUAAACAUCACCCCGACCUUCAUCUGUGGGCUUGCACAGGUGUGCGAAAAGAGCAAGACCAAAAAACUCUUGGAACGGAAAGAAGGGUACUGGCUGUGCCAGAUACCACUAACCUCCCUGAAAGGACAGGUCGUGGUCAAAACCAUAAAGAGCCCCCUAGUUUGCCCCCAAAGAUGGAGGAGACGUACAUUACAAGUGAGCACAGUUACCAGAAACCGCAGAGUUUUGCUCAGGACUGCAGACUGAGGAACGAUCCCAUGAGCUCGGAUGACGACACCAGCAGCUUUGAGGAGGAUCAGGAACAUCCCUUUGAGGAUAAAAACUGUUUACAAUAUGCGUUGAAAGAAGAUGGUUUCAGCCAUCAGAGGCACUCGGCCGAAGGGAACACCGUGUUCAUAUUUAACGAGAAAAGAGGAGCCGAAGAACACGUGGACGCUCGUCUUCAGUGGCAGCUAAAUCUCCUCACCCACAUAGAGAAUGUACAGAACGAAGUCACUAGCAGGAUGGACCUGAUAGAAAAGGAGGUAGACGUCUUGGAAAGCUGGCUAGACUUCACCGGAGAAUUGGAGCCGCCAGAUCCCUUGGCCCGACUGCCACAGCUCAAGCGGCGGAUCAAGCAGCUCAUAUCCGACAUGGGGAAAGUCCAGCAAAUAGCAACUCUUUGCUCCGUAUGACAAACG